CGCUCUGGUCUGCUUCAGUUCCUCCGUCUGGUCUUUGCGAGCUUUGAGGGCCCCGGGGUGCCCUCGUGGACAAAUACGAUGACCCGCCGUAGCAAUCUGCCAUCGUUGUCGUCGUUGUUGUUGUUGUUCUUAUGUGCGCCUCUCCUCACCCUGGCCGACCGCCUUAACCCCUACUGCCCCGCGAGGACGCACUACGUCACGAAAUACUCUACGAAGACACAAGAGAUCCCAGUCUACGAAACUUCUUACAUCACGGAAACCGUCACAUCGACGUUGCGCACGAUAGAAUACCAGACCAAAUUCAACAAUCUUGUUACGACCAAGUUCACGCCGAAACAGGUCACGAAAACGCUGAACCUUCUUUAUUAUGUCACCGACACCGUCUACACCACGGACUACAGUACGAGCGACGUCACCCAGUACGUCACGCAGACUUUCCUGAGCCCCCAGUACGUCAAGGAGACGCACUACGAGAGCCUGGACGUCACCAGCACGCAGCUCCACUACGAGCGGCAGUUGGAGGUCAAGACGCGCUACCUGACGCAGACGUCCCUCUCCCUCCACACGGCCGUGGUGUCGACGGUCGUCCCGAGGCACAAGACCCUCGUGCAGACCCUGAGGAGGUAUGUCACCUCCUGCGCCUACGACGGGUAAGGCAGGCAUGGCGGCGGGAGACGGCUGAUAGUGAAGGCCAUAAUGCAUGAUGCGAUUGUCACUUGUGGAUGAUGAAGCGAUGGCGACCGGCGGCGACUGCGCGCUCGUCUUCAGGAAAAAUGGACGACGGUGACAACUAUGUGCGUUUGUGUAUCUAUAUCUCUCUCUGUAUAUAUGUAUAUACAUACAUAUAUAUACAUAUAUAUAAACAUAUAUGCGUAUGUAUGUGUCUACGUGUAUAUAUGUUUAAGCCAA